AUGUGGUAUGUAGUUAUUGCAGCUAUUAUAAUAAAGACAACAAACCCUAUACUUCAGGGUAUCCAAGAGACACUUUUUGCUUUGCAAAAAGGUCAGGAAGAACUCCAGAUUGGACAAGACACACUCAAGAAAGGUCAAGAGGCAUUCCAGAAAGAACAAGCGUUGCUUAGACAGGAGAUCACCAAUAUUUGUAAAGAUAUGAAUGGCCAAGAAAGCCCAGAGCCAACAAUAGUACAUAACAAUCUCGGUUUAGCAAUUCCAAGACCAGUACCAAAUAUUAAAGAUAUAACUUUGGUACAUAUCUACAGAAUUAUGAGUCACGAUAUCGGGGUUGAGCUGGAUAAAAGAAACAAAGCAAUCCUUCACACUUGUACAGACCUUGUCUGUGAUGAGCUGGCCACUCUUCCUUCUGUGCAAGCUCUAGAACAAUAUCCAAACUGGAGUGCAAUUUCUCAAGAGGACGAGAACUGGGUGUGCACCAGACAUGCCUGUCUACUUAGAAACAGUAGUACAGACUUUACCAGAUGCCACAAAAACUGA